CUAUUUAACGCAUGCGUUAAUCACUACUACACGUGUACUUCAAUUGAAUUGUUAUUGUUUUGAUUGAAUUGUCAUUUAGUGUAUAAAUCUGUAGUCAUUUUCCCGAUUGUGUCCGCUGUCCGUCAUUUGGCCGAAUGUCUCACAUUUUGUCCGAAUUUCUCGUCAAUAUAUUGGUGUUGUCGUUAGUGUUUGGGUUAGCGAUUCCCAACAGCGACGACAAGACUCAUAAGCAAAAACAAGACGAACAUUUGCAUGAGUCCAGCGAUGGUAAUCACAAUACAGACUAUGAUCACAAAGCGUUUCUUGGAGAGGAUGCCGACGAGUUUGACCAAUUGUCACCUGAAGAGAGUAAAGAACGAUUGGCCAAAAUUGUGGACAAAAUCGAUAAGAACAGCGAUGGACUCGUCACCACCGAUGAACUCAAAGAAUGGAUUCAUUACACACAAAAUAAGUAUAUCAUUGAUGACGUCGACAGACAGUGGAAGAGCCAUACGGGAGACGACGAUUCAAUGACUCAACUUUUAUGGAUCGACUACAAGAAUCGCACCUUUGGUUUCUUGGAAGAUAUGACAGUCAACUCUGUAUCAGAUGUUAACACUUAUAAAGAAAUGUUGAAACGAGAUGAAAGACGAUGGAAAUUAGCCGAUCGUAAUCAAGAUAACUCUCUUAGCAAAAGUGAAUUCUUGGAUUUUCUUCAUCCCGAAGAAGCUCAACAUAUGAGAGAUGUUGUUGUCGAUGAAACACUAGAAGACAUUGAUAAAGAUGGUGACGGAAGAAUAUCAGUUGACGAAUAUAUUACUGAUAUGUAUGCACCCGAUGCUUCCGCAGACCAGGUGCCCGAUUGGGUAAUUAGAGAGAAACAACAGUUCAAAGAUAUUCGUGAUAAAAACAAAGACGGAUUUAUGGACAGAGAUGAGAUCAGAGAGUGGGUUCUUCCUCCUGAUUAUGAUCACUCUGAAGCUGAAGCCAAACAUUUAAUUGCAGAAUCGGACACCAAUAAGGAUGGAAAAUUAACCAAAGAUGAGAUAUUAAACAGUUAUGAUGUGUUUGUCGGCAGUCAGGCCACUGACUUCGGCGAAGCCCUUCUACGACACGAAGAGUUUUAAAUAGUGAUUGCAUUCAACUGGUCUCGUAUUAUAUCCAUUCAGACAGUUAUAUAUUAAUAGUUUCUUAGUCUAAAAAUGGUCACAAACUAUAUAUGACUAUAUAUGAAACAAAUUCUGUAUUUUAUUAUUAAUUUAUACAAAACAAAAAGUUUUAUAUUAAGUUUAUAUUUGCUAAAAAACUAUAUUUAGUGAUAUCGUUGCUUAUAUCUUAUAAUAAUAUAGAUUUUAUGCAACAUUUCUCAAAUCUAUUACUGACUUUUUAUCAGAUCUGACUUUAAAUAUGUAUUACUUAUAAAUAUUUUCAAAAAAUAUUUCUAGUCAUCCAAAGCAUCUGUUUUUAUACUAACACUGUAUUGAAACACCAAAAAGUGCCAAAAGAUAGGCAAAUCAUGUAUUUAUUAGUACUUUUCCUUUUUCUUACUAAUGUAUUACCGGUAAUAAAAUUUUAUUAAAAUUUAUUAUUUAACAUUUUUAUUGACAAAUAAUAAAUAUUUCAAAUUUUAUACAUUCAUGA